GCCGCAGCCGCCGCCGCCGCCGCCCCCCGCCCGCAGCCAGCGACCCGCCGCGGGCGCGCCCCCGCUCUGCGCUGUCUCCGAUGGCGUCCGCCUCCGGGGCCAUGGCGAAGCAUGAGCAGAUCCUGGUCCUCGACCCGCCCACAGACCUCAAGUUUAAAGGCCCCUUCACAGAUGUAGUCACUACAAAUCUUAAGUUGCGAAAUCCGUCGGAUAGAAAGGUGUGUUUCAAAGUGAAGACUACGGCACCUCGUCGAUACUGUGUGAGGCCCAACAGUGGAAUUAUUGACCCAGGGUUGACUGUGACUGUUUCAGUAAUGCUGCAGCCUUUUGACUAUGACCCCAAUGAGAAGAGUAAACACAAGUUUAUGGUACAGACCAUCUUUGCUCCACCAAACAUUUCAGAUAUGGAAGCCGUGUGGAAAGAGGCAAAACCCGAUGAAUUGAUGGAUUCUAAAUUGAGAUGUGUAUUUGAAAUGCCCAAUGAAAAUGAUAAAUUGAACGACAUUGAACCCAGCAAAGCCGUUCCCCUGAACGCUGCGAAGCAGGACGGGCCCGUGCCAAAGCCACACAGUGUUUCCCUCAAUGAUACUGAGACGAGGAAGCUCAUGGAAGAGUGCAAGAGGCUCCAGGGAGAGAUGAUGAAGCUAUCGGAAGAAAACCGACACCUGAGAGAUGAAGGCUUAAGGCUCAGAAAGGUAGCACAUUCGGAUAAACCUGGAUCCACCUCAGCUGCGUCCUUCAGAGAUAAUGUCACCAGUCCUCUUCCUUCACUUCUUGUUGUAAUUGCAGCCAUUUUCAUUGGAUUCUUUCUAGGGAAAUUCAUCUUGUAGAGUGAAGCAUGCAGAGUGCUAUUUCUUUUUUUUUCUCUUGACCAGAAAAAGAUUUGUUUACCUACCAUCUCACUGGUAGUGUGGCCCACAGUGACCAUUCUUUGUGUGUACAGCGUCAUAUAGGCCUCGCCUGUAACAGUCUCACGGUUAGAAACACAGUAAGAGCAGAGUGUUGGGCUCCCGGACAGCGUGAACGUCACCAGACCAUCCCUAGCAGGUGUCAUUGCACAUUCAGUCCUUUAUGAAAUUCAUAAAUAAAGAAUUGUUCUUUCUUUGUGGUUUUAAUAAGAGUUCAAGAAUUGUUCAGAGUCUUGUAAAUGUUAUUUUAAUAAUCCCUUUAAAUUUUAUCUGUUGCUGUUACCUCUUGAAAUAUGAUUUAUUUAGAUUGCUAAUCCCACUCAUUCAGGAAAUGCCAAGAGGUAUUCUGUGGGGAAAUGGUGCCUCUUACAGUGUAAAUUUUCUCCUUUACCUUUGCUAAUAUCAUGGCAGAAUUUUUCUUAUCCCUUGUGAGGCAGUUGUUGACUGAGUUUUUCAUCCUUCCAACCCUGUCCCAUGGUAUUUAACACAAAAAUAAUAAAACUGUUAACAGAUUCUUGCUCGA